AUGGCGACCAGAGCAUUUGAAACUCAAGGCCACAAGGAGCAUGAUAGGGAAUCUGACCCUAUAGCCAUUAUCGGCAUGUCAUGUCGGUUUUCUGGGAUGGCAGAUACUCCCGGUGCCUUUUGGCAGAUGCUAUCCAAAGGCAUGACCAGUUGGUCUAGAGAUGCUCGUGAUAGAUUCAAACUAGAAUCUUUCUGGCACCCUAGAAAUGAUCUUUCCGGCUCGUUCAAUGCCAGUGGACUUCAUCUACUGCGACAAAACCCUGCUGCCUUCGACAAUGAUUUCUUCAGCAUUAGUGGACUAGAGGCGAAAGCAAUGGAUCCUCAGCAACGCCUCAUGUUAGAAUUGGCAUACGAAACCUUCGAGAAUGCUGGUCUCACCAUCAAGGCUCUUGAGAAAUCUAAAACUGGGGUGUACUGUGCGUCAACCUAUCAGGAUUAUGAUCAAAUUCUAGGUCGAGAUCCUGAACUCUCAGCAAAAUAUCGCUUCACUGGAACAGGGGCAUCGAUGCUAGCUAAUCGCAUAUCCUACUUUUUCGAUCUCCGUGGGCCGAGCAUGACCAUCGACACGGCAUGCUCUAGCACGUUGGUUGCCAUACAUGAGGCCUGUAGUGCUCUUCGUAUGGGUGAAAUUGAUCAGGCGUUGAUUGGCGGUGUGAACCUCAUUUUGGACCCAGAUAAGCUGAUGGUCCAAUCUUCGAUGCAAUUCUUGUCUCCAGAUGGCAGAUGUUAUAGCUUUGACGCUCGCGCCAGCGGUUACAGUCGUGGUGAAGGAGUGGCUGGGAUCAUGCUCAAGCCGUUGAGCAAAGCCCUGAAGGACAGAGAUACCAUUCGGGCUAUUCUUCGUGGAACGUCCGUUGUCUCAGAUGGUAAAACUCUAGGUAUUACCAUGCCUUCAAUGGACUCUCAGGUCGAGGCUAUAACGAGAGCAUAUGAGCAGGCGGGCCUUGUUUUAGCUGACACAACAUACAUUGAAGCACAUGGGACUAUAGCUGGCGACAAAGCCGAGGCUUUAGCAUUCACAACGACGAUUGGCAAGGACCGCAGAGAGAAGAUCAUUGUUGGGAGCGUCAAGUCAAAUCUAGGACACAUUGAAAACGCAUCUGGUCUAGCAUCCGUGAUCAAGACGGUUUUAAUGAUUGAGAAUGGCGUAAUUCCACCAGUUCCAACCUUUGAAAAGUCUAGUGAACAGCUGCCGGUUGAUCAGAUGGGCAUUACUAUCCCACGCGAAGCAAUUUUAUGGCCAGCAGGAACACAUAAACGUGCUUCUAUCAACAGUACCGGAUACGGCGGAACCACGUGUCAUGCUAUCGUCGAAGCACCUCCCAAGGUUUCUCUCUUCGACGCAUCUCACGACAAGAAUGAAGCAGCUGAGAAAGUUUCAGAGCUCGGUAGAGCCUUUCUUUUCGUGUUUUCGCAUCACCGUGGAGGAGGAAUCGCCAGAUGGGUAAAAAAGCUAAAACGUCAUCUGACAGCACCUCUUCAGGCUAAGGACGUGUGCAAUCCAGAGACACUGGCAUUCACUCUGGGUUGCCGUAGAUCACACUUCGCGUACCGGACAGCGAUAGUAGCCUACAAUCACAAUGGCUUGUGCGAAAAGAUUGAGGAAAUGCUACGAGGUUCGAUCAGAGAAACCCACGCUACUGGACAACGCAAGAUUUGUUUCAUCUUUACUGGUAAGUACAAGAAACGAGACAGAGGAGCUAUUGCUGAUGUCAUUGAAGGUCAAGGUGCUCAAUGGGCUCGUAUGGGUUACGAGUUGUUGUCCAGCUAUCCAGUCUUUGCUCAUGCGAUGAUGACUGCCGAAGCAGAAUUUCAGGAGCUCGGAGCAGAGUGGAAGUUGAUUUCUGAAAUCGGCAAGUUUUCAGAGAGUUCGGUCAUCAACGAAGCACGUAUUGCACAACCUGCUUCUACUGCUCUACAGAUUGCUUUAGUUGAUUUACUAACAACAUGGGGUGUACGACCAGCUUUUGUCUGCGGUCACUCGAGUGGGGAGAUAGCAGCGGCAUAUGCCGCUGGAAUUCUCACAAGAAGAGAUGCACUUCGUGCUGCAUAUUUCCGUGGAUCAGCUAUCGUCCAGUUGAGAAAACUCUACCCUGAACUGGAUGGCGGAAUGCUAGCAGUGGGACUGCCCGAAACUGCUGCAAAGAAAAUCGUCGACGAAUUACCCGAUCAACUUGCGAUUGCAUGCAUCAACAGCCCCUCAAGUGUUACUAUUUCCGGCGAUCGAUCAACCCUUUGUGCUCUACAAUCACGCCUGAAUAAUGAUGGGGUGUUCAAUCGUUUGCUUGCGGUCGAUGUCGCUUACCAUUCACAUCACGUGGCUCGGGUAUAUCAAGAAUAUCUAGCCUCAAUUUCAGACAUCCGCCCUAAGAUGGCAAACAAGGAAACGAUUCUCAUCUCUUCUGUCAAAGGUCAGCCAAUGAAUGGAACUGAUAUGGACUCAGAGUACUGGGUACAGAAUUUGGUGCUACCGGUUCGCUUCUCCGAUGCAAUUACUAAUAUCCUUUCCACAUUCUCUGAUGCAAAUUGCAACGCAACAGAAACAGACCCAACGUUUAUUAUAGAAGUUGGACCACAUGGCGCACUUGAGGGACCAGUCAAACAAACAGUCAAAGCUUGUGGCCGAUCACAUGCGACGAAGUAUGCUUCUGCUCUUACCAGAAACCAGGAUGCACAUGAAUCUAUUCUCAAGCUGGCUGGGGAAAUUUUCUCUGAAAAUAUAGAAAUCUGUUUGAGGAGUGUAAAUCAUCCAAUUGAAGAGUCAAAAGGAGGAGUUCUGACUGGGCUACCGCCAUACCAAUGGUUCCACGACAAGUUACAUUGGCAGGAAUCACGUCGUAGCAAGGCGUACCGCUUCCGGCAUUUGCCUCGUCAUGAUCUUCUGGGAGUUCCAACUGCAGACAGCAUCAAAAGCGAGCCCACAUGGAGGAAUUAUCUGCGAUCUGCAGAAAUUCCAUGGUUGAAAGACCAUUGCAUUGGUGGACAGAACCUGUUUCCAGGUGCAGGGUACAUUACCAUGGUGAUCGAGGCAUUAAGAGAGAUUCAUAUGCUUUCAAGAGAUACAGCAUGGAAAGGUUCAGUGAUACUUUUCAAAGAUAUCAAUUUCGAAAAUCCGCUGGUGACAGCACACGACGACCCCGCCGGGGUAGAGACGUUCCUUCACAUCCGACCAGAGACAAAAACAGCUUCUCGCUCAUCUAAUACAUGGAAAGAGUUCAGAAUCUUCUCCAUGUCUGAUGAGGGUGAAUCAGUCCAGCAUUGUCGAGGUCUGGUGUCCAUUGCGCCUCGCCAUCAGGACCAGUCAAAAGCAUCAACCCAUCGAAACGACACGCCUUCAGAGCAAUGGGUGGACGUCAGCCCUUCAAAAUUCUAUAGAGAUAUGCAUGUGCUUGGAAAUGAGUACUCGGGCUCGUUCUCCAUCAUUUCCGCUAUUCAAACUCGAGGAUGGGAGUCGAGAUGUCGUUUCGCUAUAUAUGAUGUUCAGUCAAUUAUGCCAGGAGGCCAUCAACAAAGUCAUUGUUUGCACCCGUCAACGAUGGAGGCUGCUUUACAGUGUGUGUUUCCCGCACUUCAGGCUGUUGGCCGACUGAAGAACUGCACAGUUCUGACAUCUAUUGACGAAUUGCGAGUAUCAACAGACAUACCUUCUACCCCGGGGUACAAUUUCAGCGUCCAAGCGAGGGCUGAUGUCUUUGGACCAUUGAAGCAUUCGGCAACACUCAAAGUCUUCAGUCAGCAAAAUGAUCACCAUGAUCCUCUGAUUGAGGUUAAUGGGCUAAUCUUUACCACACUCCCGGAUGUCAGUGAAAUGAACAAUGCUGACCAAGAAGCCCCUCAGUUGUGUCAUGAGCUGAGUUGGGUGAUUGACAUAACCAAGACACCAUGGGAAUUCAUUGUAGAAAACUGUCAGAGAGGGGCUAUCACAGUCACACCGUUACACCUGCGUCAAAAAUGCGAUCCUUUUUGUCGGCGAGCCAUCCGUGAAGCACUUUCAGAACUCUCUGAGUCUCAGGAACAGGCCAUUACGGGUGACAUGAGAUACCUCCUCAAUUGGAUGCGCUCCGUCAAAACCGAUUCCUCAGCGGAGGUGAGCGCCAUUAUGGACCUUACAAACAACGAUAUUGGUGCUGUCGGGGAGGCAGUAUAUCACAUGGGAUCUCGUUUACGUGGUAUUCUCGUAGGGGAUGUUAAUCCUCUAGAAGUGGCAUUAGAAAAGGAUUUGUUCAAUCGUUGCUACCUCGACGAUGACAACCUUCUUCGAUGUCAUGCACAAAUGUCAGAUUAUCUCCAGCUUGCCCGACUCAAGAAUCCAGAGCUACGCAUCCUUGAGGUAGGAGGUGGGACAGGUAGUCUGACCGUCCCAUUACUUGGCAAACUAUUAGAGAGCCAUGGCGCUAGAUUGGGAAGCUAUGUUUUCACGGAUGUUUCAGCAGAUUCCAUACGUCGCACAAAAGAUCUCCUGGAGCAGUGGCAUUCGGUCAUGGAAUUCCAAACGUUUGACAUUGAAAAAGACCCAGAAAGCCAGGGACUUGAACUUGGUUCCUUCGAUUACAUCGUCGCUUCGAAUGUGAUCCAUGUCACUUCAUCGUUGAAGAAAACGCUUUGCAAUCUUCGAACUCUCUUGAAGCCAGGAGGCGCACUUGUUUUUGUCGAAAUCACCAAUCCUUCAUUGCGAUGGGGAAUAUUUGGUGGAUCGCUACCGGGUUGGUGGCUCGGUGUAAACGAUGAACGAGAAUCUUCACCACUCUUGUGCGCCGAGAGAUGGGACGAAGUAUUGAAAUCAGGUGGAUUCUCGGGUCUUUCAAAAGAGAUGAAAGAUUAUGACUCUGCUGAAGAUCAUGAGAUGAGUGUGCUUAUUGCGAUUAAUCCCCCACCAUCAGGCCACAUUCCAAUCACCCAAAAAAUCUCAAUCAUCAACACAGAGCAGACCGUCCAGCUGUCCAAUAUGUUGGCCUCCCAGCUCCAUAUUCACGACGAUCGGUUCGCUGUCGCACAAAGCCACCUAUCCGCAGUUGAUACAGAUCAAGAUGUUUACAUCAUCUUACCGGAUCUUGCAGAACCGUCAUACUUAAUCAAUCCAUCAGACACGGAGUGGGUCGCAUUGCAAAAGGUCAUGAGACUUACUGGAACAAUCGUUUGGGUAACCUGUGGUGCCGCAGCUGAAUGCUCCAUGCCUCGUCACGCUAUGGUUACUGGCUUGAUUCGGAGCCUGCAGGCCGAGAAGCCACAGCGCAGAAUUCUGACCAUAGAUAUUGAUCCUAAAACUCUCAAGAGCGUGGAAAUGGCUGAAGAUUUCAAUGCAUUGAUUUGCAAACUCCUUGUCUCUGCGCUUGAGACCGGUUUUGAGGUUGAAUCGGAAUACGUGAUUCGAAAUGGCAUGGUGCUGAUACCACGUUUAAUGCCAAACAACACCCUUAACAGGCACGUUCAGGAUACAUUAUCCGAUUAUCAUCCACGUCUGGAAGAUAUUUCCCACAGUUCUCAACCGCUGAAAUUGCGAAUUUGGUAUCCAGGCCUUCUAGACACAAUGUACUGGGAAUGUAGCCAGCGCGAUUUGCAUCCACUCAGCGACGAUGAAGUUCAAGUGGCUUUUGAAUACAUAGGUCUCAAUUUUCGAGAUCUGAUGGCCAGCAUGGGUCAACUGGGCGGUGAGAUGAACCUUCUCAUAGAAGGAAGUGGGACUGUGUUGAGAGUUGGAAAGGCCGCCCAGGGUCGCUUUACCAAGGGUGACAAGGUUGUUGCUUUCGCUCCAGAUGGAUUGGCUACCAUCAGCAACCUGAAAAAAGACCAUGUCUUUCUCUUGCCGUCGAAACUCGAACUCGGCACAUCAGCAGCGGUCCUAGUAGCUUACUCGACAGCGCUGCAUUGCCUCCGGGAUGUCGCCCAUAUCAGACCCGGGGAUUCGGUCCUUAUACACUCUGCCGCUGGAGCAUUUGGCCAAGCAGCGAUUACCGUUGCACGACAUUUGAAAGCAGGCAAAAUCUUUGUCACAGUCGGCUCCCAAGAGAAACGAACUUUACUCAAAGAAAAGUUUGCCAUUGAGGACGAUGAUAUUUUUUGCAGUAGAGACAACACGUUCAAGCGUGGAGUCUUACUCCGGACCAACAAUCGAGGUGUAGACGUGGCCCUUAAUUCCUUGUCUGGUGAUGCAAUUGCAGAUACGGUCAGUAUCCUCGCAGACUUCGGGAGGUUCGUUGAGAUCGGGAAAAGAGACCUCUUGAACAACGGAAAAUUGGAGAUGAGAAACCUGUUGAAAUGCAUCACAUUUGCAGUGGUAGACUUGGUGCUACUUGCCAAAAGUAAGCCUCGUGUUUUUCGAGAACUGGUUCAAGAUGCAUUGCACAUUGCCAGCUCUGCAAUCUCUGGAGCCAUAAGCCCCGUUGUUCUCAAGCCAGUGUCAGAGAUAGAAAGUGCUUUCCGACUCAUGCAAGCUGGGAAGCAUGUAGGUAAACUUGUGCUCAAAUUGAACCCAGCCUCAAGUGUCAGAGUUCAACCACAGGCGCCGCCGUUACCCAAACUGCGGCAUGACAGCUCCUACUUGAUAGUUGGUGGUACUGGAGGGUUGGGCAGAGCUUUGAUACGUCAUCUCACAAGCUUGGGUGCAGGUCAAAUCAUUACCUUAUCUAGGUCAGGCCAUAGUUCUCAAGAAAUGAGGAACUUGAAACGAGAACUCUCUCAAAGUACGACAAUCAUAGCAGAGGUCCAAGGCAGUGUUUCCGAUCCAAGUUCUAUGCGAAAAAUCCAAGGUCUCGUCAAUGAUCUUCCAUUGCGCGGCAUCUUCCAAGGUGCGAUGUCUCCGAAGGCUGGACUUUUCGAAGACACGACAGCCAAAACUUGGGCUGAGAGUCUCUCUGCCAAAGUAGAAGGAACGAUAAACCUCUCUGAAUCAUCAUUCCCUGAUCUUGACUUCUUCAUUUUGUUAUCCAGCAUCGAUGGUAUCGCCGGCGCGCCGGCCCUGAGUGGGUACUGCGCCAGCAACACCUUUCUGGAUGCUUUUGCCCGAAGCCUUGCACACAGUGGCCGUCCCGCAAUCAGUAUUGAUGUUGGAGUGACAGCUAGUGAAGGCGUUGUAGCUGAGAGUGAGCAUGUCGCAGUGUUACACCGACGCCUAGGCUUGCGCCAGUACACUGUUGACGAAUUUUUGGCUAUUGUGAAUUUUGCAAUGACGAAUUGCCUAGCGGGCAAACCAAAGAAUGCUCAGAUAAUUUGCGGCAUCAAGCACGAAGUCAUGGACUCGUCCCAUGAAGACACAUCUCAACGAUACCGAGAUCCUAAGUUCUUGCACAUUUAUACAAGCACAUUUGACCAUCGCCACCAGACCAGUGGUGGUAGAGAAAACAUUUCCGAUAUCCAGGCUGCACUACAGACCGUCAAAACCCCCGAGAUGGCAAAAGGACUCACCUGGAGGGCAUUGAGAGCCAAAGUGGCACAGCUUCUGGUGCUCUCCGAGAAAGAAUUGCACCCAGCUCGCUCAGUCGCGAGUUACGGAAUGGACUCUCUGGUUUCUGUGGAGUUGCAAAAUUGGAUGUCAAAGUUUCUAAGCGCGCAAAUUUCAUCGACUGAGCUAAUGAGCUCUCGGAACAUGGUGGAGCUGGCGGAAGAAGUUGCAAAGCGAUCAUGUUUAGUACCUGCACAUGUGUUCCAAACAUAG